GCAUGACAUCAGCUGGAUGAGAGGAGAGGCAGCGGCGGUUCCUCAUCAUAUGACACAGAGUCUGAGGAUAUAAAAGCCUGGGCCACUCCUUCUGCGCCCGCUGCACGGCUCCAGAUAGAAGCUCACUUCAGGUUGCCGACCGGACAGACAGAGAGUGAGUGUCUGACAGAAUGGCGACGUUAGUUGAACCUGUAGAUACUCAAGCACCCUUCGGAGGUGUCAGUAGCACCAAGAGCACGGCAUCGCCCACGGCCUCGACACAUCACUUCGACGAGGGCAAAUAUUACCUGCUGGUGGUCACUGGGGAGCUGGUCACUGACGAGCAUCUGAAGUGUGCCAUUGCGGACAUUGAGAAAGGAAUUCGUUCAUGGGACACAAAUCUGAUUGAUUGUAACUUGGACCAGGAGCUGAAGCUUUUUGUUUCUCGACACUCUGCCAGGUUUUCAGCCGAUGUGAGAGGACAAAAGAUUCUGCACCACAAAAGUAAUGUGUUGGAGACAGUAGUGCUCAUCAACCCUUCAGAUGAAGCUGUUAGCACUGAGGUACGUCUUAUGGUCUCAGACUCAGCCCACCAUAAGCUGCUUGUCCUAGCAGGACAGUGUUUUGAAAAUACAGGCGAGCUGAUUCUCCAAUCAGGCUCCUUUUCUCUCUCCAAUUUCAUUGAUAUUUUUACAGAUCAAGAGAUUGGAGAACUUCUUAGCACCAUACAUCCAGCCAACAAAGCCAGUUUAACCCUUUUCUGUCCUGAGCAUGGUGACUGGAAAAAUUCAAACCUGGACAAACACAACUUGCAGGACUUCAUCCAUAUGAAGUUAAACUCCCCAACCAUCCUUCCAGAAAUGGAAGGUCUUUCCGAAUUCACAGAGUACCUGUCAGAAUCUGUAGAAGUCCCAUCUCCUUUUGACAUGCUGGAACCCCCGACUUCAGGAGGGUUCCUAAAAUUAUCCAAACCAUGCUGCUAUAUUUUCCCUGGUGGACGAGGUGAUUCAGCACUGUUUGCAGUUAACGGCUUUAACAUGCUGAUUAAUGGUGGAUCUGAUAGAAAGUCAUGUUUUUGGAAGCUGGUACGCCAUCUGGACAGAGUAGAUUCUGUUCUCCUCACACACAUUGGAGAUGACAACCUCCCUGGUAUUAAUAGCAUGCUGCAGCGAAAAAUAGCUGAACUCGAGGAGGAACAGUCACAGGGAUCCACAGCUAACAGUGACUGGACAAAGAAUAUGAUCUCACCUGAUAUUGGUGUUAUGUUUGUCAACAUGCCCCAGAACCUGGAAAACCUUGAGCCUAACUACAGGAUUAGAAGAAAUGCUGGGGAGGCAUCUCUCACAAUGCAGUACUUAAACAAGCUGUCUUUAAAACCAGAAUCUCUGCAUAGGAAUAUUGGGAACACAGUAGAACCAAUUAUACUUUUCCAGAAAAUGGGGGUUGGAAAGCUUGAAAUGUAUGUUCUUAACCCUGCUAAGAACAGCAAGGAGUUGCAAUGCUUCCUGAAAGAAUGGACUGGUAGUGAUAAAGACAAAGCCCCUGUCUUGUUGCCAAAUGGAAAAGAAUCAGAGCUCCCAAUCUCAUAUUUGUCUUCCAUCUCAUCACUGAUUGUGUGGCAUCCUGCAAACCCAUCAGAAAAAAUCAUCCGUGUUCUGUUUCCAGGCAAUUCCACUCAGAAUAAUAUUCUCGAAGGCCUAGAGAAACUUAAACACUUAGAUUUCCUCAAACAUCCUGUGAUCACACAAAAAGAGCUUAAUUCAAACUUAGCCCCUACACUGAAACAAGCAAAGAUGAAACAUAAGACAGACAGUAAAGAGAGCCUAAAGUCCACAUCAAAACCAUCCCCAAGCAAAAAUGUCCACAAAGAGUCCAAAGAAGAAGCCCCUGAAAAACUAAAAAUUCUUAGUAAAACUGACUCUGUGGAAACUCAGGAGCCAACACAAAAGACAGAGAAGAAAGAAAAAGCACUUGUGAAAAAAGUGAAAGCAGGAGACAAGGACAUUAAAGGCAAGAUUGAGCAAACACCCAAAAUUGACACUCCAGAGAAAAAGAAAGCUGACAUUAAACCAAAAAUAAUAAAGAAAGAAACAAAGAAAUCAGUGGAAAAGAGUGAGGCUGAUAAAAAGGCUGAAAAACCCACACCCAAGAAAGAAGAAAAGACUAAAAAAGAAGAGAAAGUAAAGAAAGAAGAAGUGAAGAAGGAAAAUAAGAGACGGGACAUUAGGAAAGAUUCCCUAUUAAAGGAAAGCAGAAAGGAUGAAAAGAAAGAAAUGCAGAAAGAUGAAAAAGAACCAAAGAAAGAUUUGAGGAAAGCUGGUAGCUUGAAAAAGAAUGCCCCUAGCAUACCUGAGGUGAAAAAACCUGCACCUAAACCAAAGGUUGCAGCACGAGGAAAGGCUCCUGGUAGUCCUGCAAAAUCCAAAGAGAAGGCUAAGGCUAAGCCCACAAAAAAAGAUGCAGGAGAAUUAGUGGCUGCAACUUCUGUUUCAGGUGCUACUGCUGAUGAACCUGCCAUUGAAGCCAGUGUAACAGGUGUUCUUGAGGCAGAGAGAUCAUUGAUGUCUUCUCCAGAGGACCUCACUAAAGACUUUGAGGCUCUGAAAGCAGAGGAGAUUGUUGAAGAUGACGAAAUCCUAUCUCAGACCAAAAUAGAUGAUUCUGAUCAAGGAGAGAUGAUCAAGCAUGAAGAAAUAACUCCUUGCAAAGAGUCUCCAGAAGCAGCAGAGUCACUGGAUGAAGGAAUAGCAACCACAGAAGCUGAGGAGGAAUGUGGUGGUACUCCAGGGGAGCCAGAACCCAAUCAAAAAAGCAAUGGCACCAGUGAUAAAUUCGAAGAUGAGGGAACAGGGUUGGAAGAGUCAUCUGAGAUAGGGGACUAUGAAGAAAAGGGAGAUACAGAGGAAGUGGAUGAGCAGGACAGAGCAAUAUCUACAUUAAAAGAUGAUGGAGAGCAAGGAGAGCAGGAAACAAAGGAAGGAUCCGAUUAUGGUGCAGAAGAACCACAGUGUUUUGAUGUAACCACACCUCCAAGGCUCUCUGCACCUGUAUCUCCUGCUGUUUCUAUUCAUGAUAAAACUCUACCAGCAGGUUCAGAAAGUGAGGUCGCCUCUGAUGAUGAAAAUCGAGAUGAGCCACCAGAAGAAUACACAACAUCUGGACACACUCAGUCUACAAUUGAGAUCUCAAGUGUUCCAACACCUAUGGAUGAAAUGUCAACUCCAAGAGAUGUAUUGAGUGAUGAGACAACUAAUGAUGAAAGUGAUUCUCCCUCCCAAGAUUUUGUCAGGUACAGUAUGGCUACAGAUUAUGAACGAAAGAAACUCUCACCUCUCAAAGAUCUUCCUGAAUUAGAUCACUCCAAGAGCGAUGCCACUGAAGGGCAUGACUAUCAUGCAUCAGCUUCCACCAUUUCACCUCCAUCUUCACUGGAGGAAGACAAAUCUGCCAAGGAGUUUUUAACCAAAACCACAUUCUCUUUUGAUUCAAACAGGCUCACUGGUACCACUACAACUUUGCCUUUUGUCCGGUCACCUUCUGGUGACCAAAACAUGAACAUUGACCAUAUUCAUACAGGUGCAUCUUCACCGAUUGAACUGGGAACCACACUAGCAGGGAUGUCAAAAGGAAUGGAAUCAUACAAUCCAGAUGAGAAAACCUUAGAGGGCCCUUUAUCUCCUCAGUCUUCAGGUCACACACCUUACUACCAAUCCCCAGUGGAGGAGAAAGAUGGCACUCUACCGUCUGAGAAAACAUCUGAGCCCCAGGGUCCUAUUAUUGUUGACAUCACAAGUGACAAGGAAUACUCUCCCAGAGAGGCUAGUCCUAUUGAUGAAGCGGUGCCUGUGUCACAAAUGGAAAAGAAGCAAUCAUCAAGUUAUGAAGCACAUUUAUCAACCAAUUUUGAGCUUGACCACAAGACCCAAAGCCAGACUGACAAUAAUGAUAAAAAGUUAGCAACUGAUGACAGUUCUUCAAUUAUAUCUGCUGCAUCAUUGCUGCCGGCUAAAGUAGAGAGCCUGUCUGAUACAAAUCCUUUCACAACAUUUAAAGAGGACAGCAAAAUGUCCAUAUCUGAGGGGACCACAUCGGAUAAGUCUGGCACACCGGUUGAUGAGGUUGUUGCAGAGGACACAUUUUCUCACAUUGCCUCUGCCUCAACAGCAUCACUCGCAACAAGUUCUUUACCAGAACCUACAACAGAUGAGGUCUCCCCAUCACUUCAUGCUGAAGUGGGCUCCCCUCAUUCCACAGAAGUGGAUGACUCUCUCCCUGUCUCUGUUGUUCAGACUCCAACCACAAUGCAAGAAGCAGAAGUCUCCCCAUCUAAGAGCAGUCCCUGGCCUAUGUCAAUCUCCCCUGAUGUUUCUCCAAAAACAGCCAAAUUGAGAAUGCCACAAAAGGAAACAAAAUCCUCUGAGCAGUCUUUGUCAGCUGAGUGUGGACAAGAAUCCCCAGAACACUCAUUUACAUUGGAUUUUAGCAAGCAGUCACCAGAUCAUCCAUCUGUUGGAGGAAUGCAGCAUACGGCCACUGAAAAUGGUCCGACAGAAGUUGAUUACAGCCCCUCGGAUGGAGCUGGUCUCACAAAAGAACAGCACAGACCUGGGGAAGCUGGGGAGAAGGCAAUGCUUUUCAAAGAGUCUGAUAGUUCCCAGGUUGCUUCUGCUUCCCCAUCAGAUGCCUCUCAGUCCACCCCAUCAGUUACAACACCCUGCCAAAUUGGGGAGCCAAGAGAAGUUUCCCCAAAUGCGGGUCGUUUCUCAGCGUCUGUUACUCCAAAACAGUCACCCUUCAAUCAGUCCCCUUUAUCUCCUGACUCUUCUCUUGUUCUAGGGAGACCAAGUACUUCACAUGAAGGUACAGAUAAAGAUAAACCUAGUCCCAGCUCAUUUUACGAAGAGACUGGUAUAGAUAAAAUAGAGGACACACAAAAUGGACACACGAAGGCCCAAUCUCCUACAGUGUCAUCUUGUUUUUCUCAGAAGACAGAAGAGCUUAAACUUGGCUUAGUGACGAAUGCCUUCACAGACUUGAACCCCCCCCCAAGCCCCAAAAUAUCAACUCCAGCACAAAUUUCUCCUUCUUUCAAUCAGACAGACACUCAAGAGACGUUUUCCAGCAGCUCCACAUCAUAUUCCUACAGCUGUCAAUAUGGAGAAUCUACUAAAAUCUGUGAUGGUGGGUCCAUAGGGCCAGAUACAUCAAAAACAAUCCUUUCUCAGUCACGAGCAGAUGUGGACUUGUGUUUGGUGACCUCCUGUGAAUACAGACAUCCAAAAACAGAGCUUUCUCCAUCCUUUAUAAACCCCAGUCCUCUUGAGUACUUCAUGAAUGAGGAACAUCCUGUGGAGGAGGAAAAGCCACUUGCUAAGUCUGGAGGAGAACCACCACCACCUGAAGGGAAACAGCAGAACAAGCAGUGUGAAGAAACUCCACCAACCUCUGUAAGUGAAUCAGCUCCCUCUCAAACGGACUCUGAUGUUCCUCCUGGCACAGAGGAGUGCCCAUCAAUAACUGCAGAUGCAAAUAUUGACUCUGAGGAUGACUCAGAAACACUACCAACAGAUAGGACUAUCACUUAUCGUCAUGCAGACCCACCUCCAGUCACGCCCAGAGACCCUGCUCCUGCUCCUCCACAUCCUGAUGCCUGUAUGGUAGAUCCUGAGGUCCUUAAGGCUCAGGAGGCAUCCCAAAAAGAUGAAAGAGGGAAGCCAAAAAAGAACAUCAGCAGCAAGACCAAGUCAUCUGCAACAAAGAGCUUGUCAAAAACAAGUGCCAUCAAAGAAUUGAAAGUUUCUUCUCCAAAAAAGGCUACAGAAGAUAAAGAUGCCAAAAAUGCUACUAAUACCUCUGCAUCAAGGGGAGUGAAAAGCAGCACUUCAGGAAGCACCAAGUACAGCAGUGGAACGUCAGUACCUAACUGUCCUCCAAUGUAUAUGGACCUAGUUUACAUACCAAAUCACUGCAAUGCCAAGAAUGUGGAUACUGAGUUCUUUAAACGGAUCCGAUCCUCCUACUUUGUAGUCAGUGGCAAUGAUCCAACAGCACAGGAGCCCAGUAAGGCAGUUCUGGAUGCUCUGUUGGAAGGAAAGAGCCAAUGGGGAAAUAAUAUGCAGGUCACACUGAUUCCAACCCAUGAUACAGAAGUUAUGAGGGAGUGGUACCAGGAAACCCAUGAGAAGCAGCAAGACUUAAACAUCAUGGUUCUGGCAAGCAGCAGCACUGUGGUCAUGCAAGAUGAGUCUUUCCCUGCAUGUAAGAUUGAGCUGUGAUUGUCAUGAUCAAGAUGUGGUAGAGGUUGGAUGUUGGAGAGCAAACAAUAGGAAAACUUACUACACACAUUCACAAAAGCAAAUGUUUAGGAUCUCUUUCCAUAUACUCAAUAGAGGAACCAGCAAAAAAUGUUUCUCAGUAGAAUUAUCUAGUACUUUUUUAGAUCUCAGGUUGUGAACAUAUUGGGUUAGACAUUGUUGACCACACAAAGAGCAGUUUUUGCUGUGUAUAAGACCUCCACAAACACCCAGCAUAAGCGACUUAGAGCAAACUAAACAACUGACUAAAUACAUACAGUAGUCGGUGGAUGAACACUGUAUUGAGCAUCUCCAAGAAAACUGACAACAAACUACAAAUUUACUCAUUUAAAAACAGGUUAUAAACUGGUCAAUGGAUCGCUGAAAAAGAACUCCAUAAAUGAUAAUGUUUACACCAAAGGUCGAGGGAUUGUUUAAAUGCCUUAGAAAGUUAAACUGAAUGUACAACAAACAUGAUGCACUUAAUAUGAGGACAAUUAAAUGGUAUGUAUAAUCCACAAUUACAAAUAUAUCAUUGGAUGCAAAAGCUACAUUUAGCAUCAUAUUCCAGCCGCAUUGAGUUGCAUAAAAUAUGAAUGUGAAGCUUGCUACCAUUGUGAUUAAAUGCAAAAUAGAAUAAAGGUUUAACCAAUUUAAAAGACUCCCUGAGAAAAAAUGCCUGAGAAAACAGGAAAUACCAUAAGUCGUACGUAAAAACCGUAAUGUUACAAAUAAUAAAUCUUAUACCUCUUCCUCCUGGAAAUAAUUCAUUAAUUAUAUUGUCACCAUUGUAAUAGAUAUGAAUUUUUACAGGUAGAAAAUAUUUAUUUAAAACUGCCCAUCAUUAGCUUGAAAUCACAUGAAUUUCACACCACCCUUUUUUAAUAGGGUAAAAUAUUAAAUGUUUGAACUCCAAAAAUUGUUACUCAUCAAUUUGUACUGCUUAUUAUUUGCACACUUUAUUUAUGUUAAUGUUUUUAUCCUAUCAACUGAGUAAUUGAGUUGCAAUAUUUAUUUGCCUUAUUUAAUACUU